AUGGGCUGGUUUGGUGGUGUGGAGUCGACGAAACCCGACCCAGCGUCCAGGAAAGACCGACAGAAGUGUUGGGAGAACAGGGACGCCUAUUUUACAUGCCUUGAUGGCGCCGGUAUUGUAAAGCCAGGAGAAGAGGGUAGCAUCUGUGCCGCAUCGAAAACAGCCUAUGAACAAAGUUGUGCAAAGAGCUGGAUUGACUACUUCAACCAGCGUCGAGUACUUGCGGAGCAGCAACAAGGGAUUCUCACGCAGAAGAGCAACCAGGAUCGAGCUUCAAGGCUAUAG